AUGACGGAGGCAGGGGGCGUUUUCGACUUGGAUGGGGACCCAGAAGGCGCGGAGGGACACGAGGGAGGUUCCAGCCUCCAAGCCGUUCUCGCCGCGAGCCGCCAACGAGCGGAGGCGAAGAGCGCGCAGGAGCUACAGCUCGAGCUGGAGGCCGUCAGGUUGAGGUUGCUGAGGCGGAGCCAGAUCAUCGAUGCCCUUCGGUCGGCCUAUGUCCGAGAUGUCGUCAUCGUCAAGAAUGAGCUCAUGCGCAAGUCCGCCAUGACUGACGAGGUAGAAUGGGUUCCUAGGCGAUGGGAAUACGUCGCUCAGGGAGGGCCGGGCACGGACAUCACCGACGCCGUCCCCAGCCUGGACAUGCGCCCGGUGCUUGCCCUGUUUUCCCCGGAGGACGCGUUCCUACGGAUAGAGUCGUGCGCGGGCUGCGGAGGGCAUCUGGAGAUCGUAACCAAGGAAACCAAACGGGUCGCAAGGCUAACCAAGCGAAUAAGCGACUUGAACGAGGCGAUGGGUGAAACCGCCAAAGAAGCGGCACAGCUCAGGGCCGAGCUGAUACUAACGAGGCACCGUGUGAAGGAGCUAGACGAGAGGAACAUUGUCAACAGAGAUACCCUCGUGGCCAAGCUUGAACAGACGCAGAGGACUUGCGAGGCGGACGUGCUUGCGCUCAAGGAGGACGCGCGCCGAUCCGACCGUGCGUGGGAGGCAAAGAUGGCGCGAAAGGCGAGCUCUGACGAGCAACUCACGGUGAUUCCCGUGCUUACCAAGGAGAGGGACAAGUUGCGCGAGGAACUGGACCAGGAGAUAUCCUCCAGAGAACAGGAUCAGCACCGCAAGGACAUCGAAAUCGCCACGCUCAACACGAAGGUGGCCCACUUGGAGUCGUCCGCGGAAGCCGACGCAAAGCGAAUCCUGGAAGCCCGAAACAAGACCGAAGACACCCAGCGCCGCCUCCACAACGAGAAGGCGGAGCACGCCGCCACGGCCAGGCUGCUGGAGGAGGAGAAAGGCAAGUACGAGCGGUGCCGGUCCCGGCUGGAGACAAGCCAGGAGCACCUGGCAGACCUGAACGAGCGGUUCAACGAGAUGCGGGCGGAGGUUGAGGCUUCCGCGGAAAACGCUGAAGAGGAGGCGGGCGAGGCAAGCGACGCGCUGGCGGCGGCCAAGGUAGAGAUACAGAGGCUCCGGACGGUGCUGGGCACGAGCGACGCCGCGGCUGCCCUGGAAGCCGCAACGCUCAAGAUUUCCACCCUUUCGGAAGAGCUUCACGCGGCAAGGUCCGAGGCUCGAGAGGCAAAUGAUGCGCUUCAGGAAGACCGAGAGAAACUCAAAGGCGCCCAGGCGGAGCUGGACAAGUCGAAAUCGCUGCUGCUGUCCAAGGCGUCCAUGCUCUCUGACAGAAGCCGGCAGAGUUCCGAUGGAGGACUAAGCUGGGCCGGGUCCUUUGAACCGUUUGACGACGACGAGUUGCUGUACGAAGGGGAGAGGCAGGGUCGGAUGUCAUCGGCUAUGGCCCCGGGAGGAAGAAAGUACGAGCAGGGGAAGUGGGCGGUCGAGAAGUGGAUAGCUUUGGUCAGGUUCCGCAAGGCCGUGGACGCGCAUAACGCAGAGGUGACGCGUCUCCGUAAGCUCCUGCGGAUUGCGCAGGGGGGAGAGGAACGGUCCCGCCUGGAGGCGGAGCUCGAGAUCAUGUCUAGCAACCACAGCCUCAAGGACAUGGAAGAUGCCAUGCACAAGGAGGUGGCGGCCCUAAAGUUGCAAGCGGCAGGCCAGUCGGACGGUGGUUCGGAAAGAGACCGGGCGAGGAGCUCGGCCGGCCUUGAUGACGCCGCGUGGGAGGCAAAGCUGGAAGAAAGCGCGGAGGCCCAGCGCCUCGAGUCCGAGCGGCAACUCGCCGACCUGGCGGCACUCCACGAGAAAACGGUCGAGGGGCUCCGGUUGGAGCUGAGCACGGAGAGGGAGAAUGUCGAGAGGUUGGAGUCGGAGGCCGAGGAGUCGAAGGAAAAGCUGAAGAGGCUGGCCAAGCUUGAGAAGAACAAGAAGGGGCACAACGCCAUGACGGAGGAGCUCAAGAAGAUGCAGGAAGAGACGGGAAUUAGCGUUGGAUUCGACUCCUCGUUGGAGUUCACUUCCGUGGAGGGCGAUUUGAGCAAGGAAGACGAGGCUCGUCUGAUAGAAGAGCUCGACAACGCUCGGGACGAGAUCAAGAAUAUCAAGAUGAGGCAGGCCAUGGUGACGCACGAGCUGCUGGGCAACAUCAAGGUCGCCAACGCGGAGGUCGAGAUGCUCAAGGCGGCGCUGGCCGACAUGACCGCUCAGCGCGACGCUCGCAUGGACAUGGGCACUCUGGUCGGGAUGGGCCCCAAAAAGUCCGGGGUGGACCCGGAGGAGUUCCAGUCCCUCAAGGAGGAGGCGAAGCUCCAAAAUAAGAAGAACGCCUCCCUGAAGACAGAGUUGGAGGAGACUUCCAAGGCGCUGUUGAUGUUACUGGAGGAGCUACGAAAGGCUUGCAAGGAAACUGCGCGGGCGAAGGCUAAAGUAUGGAACGCGAGAGAUCUGGAAAGAGCCAGAUCCAUCCCCUCGCCCCCGAAGCCCACAAGAGUCCUUGGAAGCGAGCACAACGCCGCCGGCGGUGGGGUGAAGGGGUCGACAGCCACACACCGACCGCCGCAAAGAGGGAGCGAUACAGGUGGUGGAUCUUCCAGAUCGCUGUCUUCCAAGGACCGAGGAAGCGGCCGAGAUGGAGUCGCGAACGACCGCAAGGGCGGCGGUAGAGAAGGAGAAGGGGAUCGGGGCGGGGGUAAGUCUCGCACCGCGGAUGAAGAGGAAAAGGAGGCGGAGCUGGAGAAAAGGCGGCAGGAGAGAGCCGCGCAAGCCGAAGCGAAGAAACAAUUGGCGGAGGCGGAGCGGCAGGAGCUGGAGGAGUUCAAAGUGGCGUGCUUGUUGCCCCAGACGGAGGGAGUCGCCCUUGCCACGGACAAGCUAGCAGCCGUGCAAGCCAGCGUGAAAGAGCAGUUCAAAGACGUGUUCCUGGAGCUGAAGGAGGCGCUCGAGGCCCACAAGAAGUUCGUCUUGAGGACGAGGGUCGAGGCGAGGGAGGUCACCGGAAAGAUGAACGCCCUCGAGACGGAGCUGGACAGGCUGCGGGGGCUGCACCGCUCCACCCAAGAGGAGCUGCGCGGGAGAAGUGCUGUUUUGGCGCAGACCCAACAGGACCUGAGCGCGGAAAGGAACGCUUUGGCGGCGACCCGCAAGGAGCUCGCCGCAGCUCAGGCCGAAGCGCGGGACAACUUUUACUUCAAGGAGAAAAACGCGGUCCUUCAGAACCAGUGGGACCACGCCGAGAUCUCUUCCAGACGGGCAAAGCAAGAAUGCGAGCAGGUAAAGUGGGAGCUUCAGGAGCAGAGGUCCACCCUCCUCCACUUCAGGAAGCUUGCCGAGGAGGACGAGAGAAGAGCCAAAGAGUUUGUGGAGGUGGAACAGGCCCUCAAGACGAAGGUCGAAUCGCUGGCAGCAAGGCUUAAGAAAGCAGAGGACACGGCGGAGCGAAUCGAGCAAGAUCGCAAGUCCAGGCUCGAGUGUCUCACCUCUACAGCAUCGCAGGUCAACGGCUACAACGACCCUGAUCUCGGUCUAGGAACAACGGGGUCAACACAGACGGAAUUUCACUGCCCUCCGAUGACAUUAAGGAGGAGCAACUAUCAGGCCACGGUCUUAACCCGAGCCGCAAGCGCUGGCCCUACUAAAGGCGGCAGCUACCACGACGGUGCGACGUUGGGGUUCGUCUGCCCCGGCGUAGACGGACGGGCAGUCGCGUCCGAACGAGACCUCUACAGCCCAGGAGCUGGUUCGGCGGCGCUGUUGGAGAUGCAGGGCUCCGGCACAGUCGACACAUUCAGCAGCAGCGCGCACCACCUUGAUGCUCACAGCGACAGCCUCAAGCAGCUUUCUUUCCGGUCCCCAGCAUGGGCCAUAGCAGGCACAGAGGUCUCCCUCAGCGCUGGAGAAGCAGCGAUAUCCAAAGCCGACAGCUUCGUGUCCUCAACUCAACAGCACCGAGCAGGCGGUAGAGGCGAGGCACAGAACUGGGGACUGUGGCACGAGGGCGGAGGAGCCGGGGGGGGUGCUGACGUGGCCCUCGAAGGGUCCUUAGAGACGGAGGUCGAACGUCACAGCCCCACCGCCGCCUCCGGCAGAAGACCAGGGACAACAUCGGACUGUCUGCCCGCGGCCAACACGCCGAGCACAACGACAGUCGCCAAUCGCCCCCAAACCUCCCCAAGCGUGGUGUUUUUAGCUGAUAUGCGGGGCGGCGGUCCCGAGACAGACGGGGGGCGGAGGAGCCCGCCCCGGCGGAUGCACAGUCGUGUCCUUCUGCAGAGCGCCAGGGAUCACUCUCUCCCUCCGCCGUGCGGUGGUGCGGGGCAACAGCAUCAGCAACGUCGACAGGGCGUCGCCUCCGCCCCCGGAACCAACCGAUGCGCUCCCGUGAACAUCAGCGCUUCUUGCUCUUCCGUGCCUGCCGGUGCUACCACUGCCCCGGGGUUGGCGAGCGAACGGCCAAGAACGUCAUAUGCCGUCCUCACCAGCAGCCGGAGCGGCGGCGUUCAGGAUAGCUCUGCAACGCAAGGAAGCGUCCCUGGUGGUCACGACGGGUUCGCCAACGGGCAAGAUUCGCGGCGGUGGCAACGAGGGCUACAACCCAACCACCAACAUGUCAUAGAUUUAGGGGUCGUGAGCGACACAGUGCCCCAACCUGUCGUGUGGGGACAGCGGCAACUGGCGGCGGCGGCGGCGGCGGCGGCCGCUUCGGGACGGUCGAGAAGCGCAGGCGUGGCGGGGUGGUGGAAGGACGGAGUGACGAAGGGGGGUGUGGUGUUGGACGCGAGAUUUGCCAAGGUUAGGCAAACCCUGAGAGGCGAUGUGCUAGAUGCGGCUGAGAGGGCGAAGCUCCCGUUGUUGCAGUAGUAUUGCCCAAAGCUCACAUGUUUCUUCGCGUCACGCUGUGUUUUUUGAAAGCAUGCGGGAGUUGUUUGAGAAACUGUUCAGGAAAAUUCACCACGUUUUCGUGAGGUUGUGUGUGCGAGGCUUGAAGCUGACGAAUGCCGCGUACGUACCAAAAUGGCCGUAAGCACGGGGUACGGGGUCGUAGAGCAUGUGGCGAGAG